GUAAGAGCUGGGUACAGUAACACACCCCUGUAAUCUCAGCACUUCUGUGAAGAAGAUGAGAAGCAGAGACAGGAGAAUCCCCAGAAGCUUGAGGACCAGGAUGGUAUACACAGCAGCAAACAGGAUGCAAGGCAAGAUAGACACCAGAGUUGUCUUCUGGCUUCCACACAUGUACACACAAACCCACAUGUACAUACAUAUAUAUGGAGAAAUUUAAAGUUGUCAUUGAACUAAUUAAUAUGAGAUGUUCUGGGAGAGACAUAAUACUAAAUAAAGAACCACAAAAGAAUACUAUUGUUUCAUUCAGACUGGCCUGCCAUCAGAGGGGUCAUACAAACACCUUUCUCAUUCUCACACCAGGACCCUGGGGAAGACACGGCGGACAUGCUUGCUAAAUGGUGAGGCUCCUUUGGGAGUCAAGUCCAAUGUCAAAGUUACAGAGUGACUAAUGGGUGGAACAGACUCUGCACUAAGGGGAACUGAAGGGAGAGCAUCUCCAGCAGAGUAUUGGUCAGUGGAUAGAUACAGUACGGAAGACUUCCUCUCACAACUGGCUGGAUGUAUCAGAUGUCUGCCCUACUAUUUUUCUAUAGUCAUGGACUAUGUUCAGACCACAUGUAAGGAGAAGACAGCAUGGGAUCUGCUUCCUCUACAUCUAAAGCCCAAAUCAGCACAGUCUCCACGACAGCCCCAGUGACCAGCUCUGUACCGUGUUUCUCCAGCCCUAAACAGGAAUAUUUAAUCUUGGCCUUUUUUGCUGGGGUUCUGCUGACACUGCUACUCGUGGCCCUUAUCUUCAUCAUUGUCAAGAGCUGCAGAAAAAGUUACUCCAAGUCCCAGGCCCAGUACCCUCUCUCAGAGCCUCCCAUCAAGAAGCUUUCAUCUGUCUCAAAGGAGUCACUUACCUAUGCCAUCAUGACUUUCAAGCCCUCAGAAGCAAACAGCAGUGACUUGACUGGAAACGACUCCACAGGCUUGGACCCCACUGUCUAUUCUCAGAUUAAAGUGGCAGGCCCAUCCCUGCCUCUCCAAUGAGGCAGAACACAGGACCUCCACUCAGCUUCAGUUACAUGUUGCUUUCUGGCUUUGUUUUGUACGUUUGCUUUUGUUGUUUGUUUCCUACAAACUUAGAAGCACAGUCUAUGUACAACUGCAGUCAAAGGUGUGUAGGCUUGAUCUAGUAGUGCUGUCAUCCAUUUUAAAAAACCAAUGGUUAAUUACUUUUCCUACCAGAGAAAAGGCUGCUAGUGCAUUCACUCCAUUUGGCAGUAGCAGCCUCUUGAACAACUCCCUUGAACUUUCCAAAAAGGGACAGAGUUCGAGAUAAAGAAACUCACUGAUGAUAACCAGGGAAGAGCCAACCCUAAUGAACAGUCUAAGAUUUUCAAAUAAUGGCAAACUCUCCUCCAGUGUUGGCCUUUUCUUCAUCAGUUAUCACUGUGUCCCAUUAUCUUCUCCCAAAGUCAAGACCAGAGGUCUAAGCAACACAAAGUCCAUAUUGUAUAGAACACUAGUCAAAUGUGGGUUUCAGUCUCCCCAAUAUAACAUUAGAGAUGUGUAUGACAACCUUGGUUGUGAGACAAAGGUAAAGAUUAAGCAUGUUCAUUUACCCUCAAAACAAAGGGACACUCAUAUAGACUGCCCCAUUAAAAAUAACAGGAAGGUUCUUUUUAAUUUGGCAAGAAUAUUCUGAAAUAUAAGUAUUAAAGGAGAAGAAAAAUUAUAAAAUAAACAUGAGGGCUGGUGAGGUAGAUAAGGACAUUUGCUACCAAAUCUGACAACUUGAAUUCAAUCCCUGGGACUUAUAUGGUCAACACAGAGAACUGACUCCUGAAAGUUGUCAUCUAACCUUUACAUUACUCUGUGGUAGGUGUACAUGCCAGUGUACAAACACAAGCACAGACACACACACACACACACACACACACACACACACACACACACACACACACACACACACUAAAUAUGCACUCAGCUGUUGUGAGAGCAUUCUUAAGAUUUAUUUAUUUUUAUUUUACAUAUACGGUACUCUACCUGCAUGUACACCUGCAUACCAGAAGAGGGCAACAGAUCCCAUUGUAGAUGGUUGUGAGCCACCAUGUAGAUGCUGGGAAUUGAACUCAGGACUUCUGGAAGAGCAGCCAAUGCUUUUAACCAUUGAGCCAUCUCUCCAACCUGUGACAGCAUUCUUAAGGCCUGUGCAAGCCCUAGCAUGGAGAGGGGAGUUGGGCACACAAUCCUACCCCUAGCUGAAGAACAACUAGCAAUUAUUAGCUGCUGGUAAACAAAUAGUUUUCUCUAAGAGUUUAGUCCUUGGUAAGUUGACCGUGAAUAAAUUCAAUACCUAGCCACUGGACAAGACUAGGAUUGGUCAGGAGCAGGUGGACGGGUGUCUUUUGGUGUUUGAGACUCAAAAAGAGAAAGGCUACAAGGAAAUAUGCAAGUAUGAUGUUCAUAGCCUUACCGUUUCCCUUGAGCUGCUAAGCUUGGAGUCCCUCCCAAAUAAAGGAGUCAGGACAGAACCUCAACUAUUCUUAUCUAAGGCUUCGUGAGAGCCACAAUCUAAUCUGACAAGAUACAUAGAGAAUCUGGUCAACACCCAGUCUCCAUUCCAACCCUGUGCAAACCAGGGGACCACUUGAGGAUUCUAAGGCUGGACCUACACCCCAUCAGAAGGAUCCAUGGCAUAUUAAACUGUGUUCUUCUGAAGCUAGGGAAAUGCCACACAGGAACAAAAACCUGCUUUGAUCCCAAGAACUCAUGAAAAAACAUGGGGCAUGGUAGGGCAUGCUUAUCAUCCUAACCUUGGAGAGGCAGGCACUGGAGGAUCCCUGGCUCUCAUUGUUUAUCUAGCCUAGCUUAAUCAGCAAGCUCCAGGCCAAUGAGAGACCCAGUUUCAUACAAGGUGGACAGCCCCUGAGGAGUGACAUCUGAGGUCAUCCUCCAGCCUCCAUAUGUGCAAGUGUACACAUGAAUGUACACGUCCCCCACAGAAUAUCAGGGCUCUUAUGAGGGCAGCAAAGGUCAUGAUGAAACAGCGUGAGUGACACCAUAUGGGGAGAGGGUUGCAGGUUGCAGGGAAGCCCAUAGGGCGGUGGUAAUCCUGCACCAACAAUGAUGUAACUCUAUUUGCUCCCACGGAUGCUGAUGCCUCAUUCUUGCUUUGUGCUUCCUUAUUUGUAUGCAUUUGUCACUUCUCAUCCCUUGGUUGCUCACUGGUCAGAAGCAGCAUCCAAUUACUCUGGUGAUGUUUCUAUUGAGGAAGUGUUUUUGGGGGCCAUGAUCCUUUCACCAAGAGACUAUGAGAACCACAGAUUCAAUCCUGUUUUUGGAUAUAACAGCAUUUAAUGCCAAUUCAGAGAUGUACUGGAAUGUUAUGCUUUUUAGGGACAUUUCAAUAAAUAUUUUUCCAGUGAUGGUCUAGGAGAAGUUAGUCAUACUUGAGGACUCUUUCAAUACUAUUCAGAUAUUUAUUGACUGAUAAACAAAAUACAAGUCAUUUCCCCUUAUCCCAGAUUCUGUACCUCUUCUUCACUCCAUCUAAUCUAAUGCUAAGGUCUGGAGAUGUUAUUCAAUGGCAGCCUUGCUUGGU